UGGUUGCGGGGCUGCGUUAGCCAUUAAUGGCCAUCAUCCAUUUUUAAUCAGAAAGAUCACAAGAAGGAUGGUAAGCGAAUCCUAGUCGCAAGUCAAUUUAAAUAACAUUCCCGGGGAAAUCCAAUCACUUAAAAGUGAGACACCUCCGCGAGCAAGAGCCCCCGCCCGUACGGCGGGGAAAGAGCAAGACGGGUGAAUUAAUCAAAAUCAGGAGGCUCCCAUGCUGAGCUCUGAGUGUUAACCCUUCCAGCCCCAGAGGGUCCCCAGGGGGGACUUGGAAGAGCGCGGCCGGCCGUGGCCAAGAUGCCCACGGCAACCCAGCGCAGGCUGCCUCUGCCAUCUUGGGCGGCUCCGAACGCCCUGCACCCGAAAGGAGCGGCUGGGCGCGCCAGGUUAAGGUCAGAAGCUAAGGAGGCUGUUCUGGCGGCGGGAAGCGGCCGCCUCCUGCAGCCUCGGCGCGCCUCGGGCUCCUCCUUCCGCCCAAGCGUGGCCAAGUGAGGACUGCUCUGGCCGCAGGUAGCGGAGGCGCGGGAGACGGCGCGCGGGACUCAAACCGAGCGCGACGGGAGGGGCCGACGGAUACGCAGACAGACUGUUUCCCCUGCCCCGGACUUUAGCGACGGUGCCCGCGAGCCAUGUGGGGACUGGGGGUCACGGCCGAGGGCCUGUCGGUGGCACCGCCGCCGCCGCCGCUGCUGCCGCUGCUGCUGCUGCUGACGCUAGCGCUGGUGGCGCCCUCGCGGGGCGGCGGGGGUUGCGCGGAGCUGGCAUGCGGCGAGCGGGAGCGCUGCUGCGACGCGGCCAAUGCCACCGCGGUGCGCUGCUGCAAGCUGCCGCUGCACGCCUUCCUCGACAACGUGGGCUGGUUUGUCCGCAAGCUCUCCGGGCUGCUUAUCCUGCUGGUGCUCUUCGCCAUCGGCUACUUCCUGCAGCGCAUCAUCUGCCCCAGUCCACGCAGGUAUCCGCGCGGGCAGGCGCGGCCGGGGCAGGGGCGGCCGGGGCCACCGGGGUGCGCAGGGCAGCCGGGGGCCCCAGUGCCGCCGGACGACGACGACGAUGAUUCGCCCGCGCUGCUGCGCGACGAGGCGGCUGCCGGCUCUCAGGACUCGCUGCUGGACAGUGGCGGCGGUGGCCGGGGCAGGGCAGGCGGCGGGCGUUCGGCCACCUCCUGCGCCUCGGAGCAUGAGCUGCGCGUAGUCUCUCCCGUCUUCCUGCAGCUGCCCAGCUACGAGGAGGUCAAGUACCUGCCAACCUACGAGGAGUCCAUGCGGCUGCAGCAGCUCAGUCCCGGGGAUGUUGUGUUGCCUGUGUCUGUGCUCGGCCGCCCGCGAGGUGGCGGCGCGGGGGAGUCAAACGACGGCGGCCAGGGCCGCUUCCCGCUUAUCUGAGCGCCCAGGGCAGCCCAGGGACCACGCGGACAGAACUGGGCCGGGGACUGCGGGUGGGACACAAUGGCUGGGGUGACCUCGGCCGCUGCCAAUUGCCUCAGUCCCUACCUGUUGCCCUGCGACUAGGUUGGGGCUACCCCUACCCCGCUUCCCCCGGGUUCUUAAGUUUUCCUACGUUUCAUUUGGUUCAAGGAAACGUAGGCACGCGUGGCGGGGGCGACACAGCAGCAGACGAGGCCGGAGUACAGCUCUGGAGGACGUCCCCGCCCUCAGCCUCUCCUCCGAUCGCGUUCACUUGUCAUGGUCCCCCGGGAUGGGUGGAGGGCGAGGAGACGAGCUGCGGCUGGAGACUGAUGCUCCCCGGUCUGCGAGAGUAGCGCCUCGGAAAAAUAGACUUCCUUCCUUACGGAGAACUCAGAAAACCCUUCCGCGUCUUCCUGGCCAAGCAUAGGUCACAGCCGAUUGAUGGCUUACAAAUCAGUGGGGGAUACUCGUGGCAUCAGUUAGUUGCUGUACCUAUUCAAGAUACAGCAAUAACGCAUAUCCAAGACCAUACUCGUAAUAAGGUACAGCUGAACUUUAGAUUUUUCAAUAACUGAGAAGAUAUUUAUAUUUAUUUGUCUUUUAUUUUUAUAUUUUUACCAUGUAUUGAACGUAUCCGGAGGGGAUUUCUGCCAUUCAUGACAAGUUAAUCAUCUUAGCACCUUUUUGAGGCCUUAAUGGCCCGGAAAUUGUCUACAUUCUCUCAUUAUUGUUUAAUUAAAAUGUUGGACAUUAUUUCAUUUACAACGGGAAAAAGAAGAGGCGUGGUCAAACGAGAAAAUGUAUGUGAUUAAAAACACGAAGGAUACCUUAUUUUCACUAUUUGAGAAGAAUAUAUUUUAUUUUUAGUACUGUGGCAUAAUAUAUAACUUUUUAUAAUAACUAUACAUUAUGUAUGUAGUCUAGGUCAUAGUUACAUGUAAAAAUGAUGGAUAGAUGUAUGCCAAACCGUGAAGCAUGAUGUCAUGCACUUUUCCCUCCAUUUUUCAUUUGGAAUACACUUCACAACAUGAUACAAAACAUAAGAAUUUGUUGUGACUUUUGUUUAAAGCCAUAAUUGUGCAGUAAGUACUAUAGAAGGAUUCAGUCAACCCAUCUGAAGAAAAAAAAUGUGUCAUUGUAUUGGUUCUACCAUUCUAUGAAACAUCCUUUAAGCAAAUGGUAAUACAAAAUGACAUUAAAAUGUAUUAUGUAUAAUGUACAUAUGCACAUUGUCUAUGUACAAUAUACACAUUGUAUAUCAUAUAAUUAUUACAGUUCAGGAUUAUCAAGAAAAUGAGAAGGAAGACAAAAAGAUUUCUCUGGUUGGGGAAGGAAGAGUGUUACAUUGAGGAAAAAUUAUACACACAGACCUCAUACAUGUAUCUAGAAAAGUUGUUUUUAUGAUUGGAAAAUUCUGACAAUCCUGAGAAAUCUUAAAAUAUCUGAAUUGUAUUGGAAGAAAAUGAUUUGUUUACCUUAAACUUUUAAAAGCUGAUUGAAAAAGUCUGACAGUUCUAAGAAAUAUUAAGAUGUCUGAAUUGUAAUAGAAGAGAAUGAUUUACUCUAAACUUCUAAAAGCUAAUGACCCUAUCAUUAAAGAGAAUUAUUUGAAGUGUAUUAAAACAGAAAAACAUUAAAAUCUCUUUGUGCAGAUUGUAUUAGUUGUGUGACUAUAUGGUAGUAUAUUAAAAUACGAAUGUAUGUCUUUAUCAUUUAAAAGCACUUUUAAGCUAUGAAUUGGCAAAAGCAUCAGGAGUUGAGACUAUAUCAACUUUCAUUGAGAAUGGACAUUAUAUUGAAUAAUCACAUAUAUUCAUGCUACUCAAAUACUGUAAAAUUUAGUUAACCUAUGGCUGUUAAUACCAUCCACCAUUCAGACAAACUGGAAAGUUGCCAUAUUCCUUUAAAUGAUUUAUCCUUUGAGGGUACACUGUUUCAGACACUUAAAAAAAUUUACCCAUAUCUGAAACAUUGACAUGAAUAUCCAAAUACCAAUAUAUAAAGUAUAUCCUUUAUGUUGUUACUACUAACAUCUUGAACUUUACAACAAUAUCUUGUGAACAUACACUUAUAAUAACAUCUAAGAUGUUUUUCUUGUACCAGCUACAGAACAUUUCUCUCCCUAAAAUUCAAAAUAUCUAUAAUGUGACACCAAUCAUGCAAUGAGAUUUUACUAAAUUGUAAAAUUACAAGUUUUACACUUGUUUUUUCCCUACACAUCACACAUGCUUUCAUUCACCUCCCUCAGUUCAAUAAAAGAUAAGUUUGACUCUA